ACCCACCCCCACACGCGCGCACGACACGACACGACACGAGCGCGCGGCAGCAGCAGCAGCAGAGCGAGCUCGAGCUCCAGCUGCGUCGGCCGCCAUGGCGGUGAGCAACAACAUCACGGCGUGCGUGACGCUGAUGGCGCUGAUCUGCGCCGUCCCGGUGAUCGCCUCGGGCGUGUGGUUCGCGUCGGCGCAGGGGGAGGAGUGCGCCCGCCUGGCGCGGUGGCCGGUGGCCAUCCUGGGGGGCCUCAUCCUCCUUGCCGCCCUCGCCGGCUUCGUCGGCGCCUACUGGAACCGCCGCCGCCUCCUCGCGUUCUACCUCUUCGCCAUGGCGUCGCUCAUCGCGCUGCUCAUCGCGCUCCUCGUCUUCGCCUUCGCCGUCACCCGCGGCUCCGGCGCCUACCCGGUGCUCGGCCGCGCCUACGACGAGUACCACCUCGAUGGCUUCUCCAUGUGGCUCCGGGGCUACGUCUCCGACGACCCGGCGCGGUGGGAGCGGAUCAAGGCGUGCCUCGUCGUCUCCGACACCUGCAAGAAGCUGGCGCGCCAGGCCGGGUUCCUCACCGCCGACCAGUUCUACCAGUCGCGCCUCUCGCCACUCCAGUCCGGGUGUUGCAAGCCGCCGGCGGUGUGCGGGUACAACUACGUGAGCCCGACGGUGUGGGCGGGGCCGGCGGCGCGGCCGGCGGCGGACGCGGACUGCGGGGCGUGGGGGAACGACCCGUCGCAGCUGUGCUACGAGUGCGAGUCGUGCCGCGCGGGCCUCCUCGCGGCGCUCCGCGCCCAGUGGCACCGCGCCAACGUCGCCCUCGUCGUCGCCACCGUCGCCCUCGUCUUCCUCUACCUCGUCGGCUGCAGCGCCUACAAGAACGCCCAGGCCGAGGCCCUCUUCCGCCGCUACAAGUGGUAGCAGCAGCAGCAGACUUCCCCCCCCUUGUAAUGCAAUGCCCUCUGCUUCAAUUCAGCUUCAGAAUUUGCUUUCUCUUCUUGUGAGUUGUGAUCAAUGCAAGUUGUAUGGUAGUAGAACAUGCUAGAUUUGGGUUAUUGUUUGUACUGUUGUAGAUUUGGAGUAGUAGUUAAGAUUCAUGGCCAGAUUGUGAUCUAAAAUUUCAGUGUGAUUUGGUUGGUUUAUUAUGAUGGGAAUUUGUCGGUGUUCGUCACUGACUGAAUUAACCUGCUA